CGGAGAAAUGGACUGGUCUGGACCUUUUGUGGUUGUUACUGGUUAAUGGAAAAAACGUUUUCUUUAACAACCAGAUGUUUUGCUGCCUGAGGUAAUGGUGGCUUAGUAAACUUUUAUUUAUUUAUUUUUUUAAUUACCACAAUUUCAUAAUCAUACAAGAAUAGAUACAGUUAGUACAUAUUAUAUGGCUGCUAUUUUAACGCGGAUCUGCCCUUGUCUAAAUUGUCUAUGGGACAAAUGUUUUGGCGAUCAGCAGCCAAAACAGGAUUUUGACACAGGACUCCGUCCGGAUUCAAAUGAUGGUAACACAGUCGACACUGAGGAACGCUAUGUGGUCAAUAAUAACCUUCAGAACGAAGACACAAUUUACACGGCACUGUGGCGCUUCAAAGCCAGGACUGAAGAAGAGUUAACCUUUGAGGAAGGUGAUGUCUUUAAGGUCUUCACCUUUUCUGGAGAAUGGUGGCAAGCUGGGAAGCUAGGUCCCAAUGGAGAAAUAAUUGGUAAAGGAUUUGUGCCCUACAAUUACCUGGUGUGCAGAGAAAGCUUAGAAGCCCAAAUAUGGUACUUUGGGAACCUAAGUCGCUCCGAAGCCAUCACCCUCCUUCUUCAAUCGGGGAAUGGUAAUGGCACUUUCCUGGUCAGAAUCAGUGAGAAAGAGAACGUUGGCUUUGUUUUAUCUGGUGAGUCUUGGUUCCCUGUGCCUGUGUCCUGCAGUUCAAUGUCAAAGUGA